AUGAACAAGGUGAUGAGGGGCCUCUCCAUCUGCAACACCUGCCUCCUGAGCAUGCUCCAGGCCAUCCUCCUCAGGUCCAGCACCGCCUGGUUGGCCAGGUUUAAACAGAAAUCCACCAGUUCCAUCUCCCAUUCCUUCUUCUUCUCUAUCAUCCAGAGCCUGUUUUCCAUACUGCCACUACUUAGAGAUGCCUCCUUUUCAGGAAUUGUGCUGCUCUCAAGUGCAGGUAUCAGAGGCAGUCCCAGCACCUUCACACCACCAGCCCCUUCCUACAGAGCUCCCCAGAGAAAAGGGCCUCCUAGACCUUCCUGUUACAGUUUCUCCUCAUUCUCACCUCUGUCCCAGGCCUAUUCUUAUCCUUUAGACUCAGUAGAACCUAUUUUUUCUGGAUUCUUUGAAGACCAAGCUGAAUUGAAAAGGGAACAUGGAAAGCAAUUCCUAAAAUAUCUAAUAGGACUUGGGAAUACCAUCUGCCUACCAGUGAUUAAGCGGCCUGAGGUAGAUAACUGGCAAACCGGCAUAAAAGCUCUGGAGUAUGCUUUGGAAUUGGAGAACCAGUUAAGCCAGCUCCUGAUAGAUCUGAAGACCACAGCUUCUGCCAAUAAUGACAAUGAUUUCUUACGCUUCAUGGGAAAGUACCUGGAUAAACAGAGGAGGAACACAACCUACCUGCAACGCCAGCUUGCCUAUUAUAGGAAUGAAGAAAAGCAGGCUCAGGAGGAAGCCUGAUUGAAAAAGCCUGAUGACAAAAAGCCUGUCGAGUAACUAGAUCCAACAUCCGAGGGCAACAGAGCAAGUCUUCCCAUUGUAGUUGUUCCCAAAAUCAGCUAUUUAAGGAUCUUAAUCUUCUCCACUGCUUUCCUUCAUUGAUGAUGGCAACUCCAC